AGCACUGGACUGAAAGACACUGGAUCCCGUCUAAGCAUCGCGGAGCAUUGCGCUGAAUAGCAGAGCAUCCUGCCACUCUAUCUUCCCGGGUUGCGGAGUGUGGAUAAGAAAACCAGACCUAUACUCGGCGCUCUCCCGCUAUCUCACAAUGUCAAUUUCUUCCCUCUCCGUCACCGUCAGCAAUCCCACCACCAAGCCUUUGUCCUCCUCCGCCGCCGCCAUCCCCUCCUCUUCCUUCCUCCUACGCCUCCCUAUUAGACGCCUCUCGUCCCUCUCCCUCAAUGCUUCCUCCACCCGACCCCCUCUCAUCUCCGCCUCUAUGGAGGCCGGAAUAGGCGUCAUGGGAACCAAAUUAGGAAUGAUGUCAUACUUCGAUUCCUCUGGCGCCGUAAUUCCAGUCACCGUUGUCGGCUUCCGUGAGGGCAACAUUGUCACUCAGGUGAAGACUGAGGCCACUGACGGGUAUGAUGCGGUUCAAGUCGGGUACCGCAGGGUCCGUGACCGGAAAUUGACUAAACCGGAGUUAGGGCAUUUGGAGAAGUCUGGAAUUAUCCCACUGCGGCACCUGCAGGAGUUCAGGCUGCAGUCUGUUGAAGGUUUUGAGCCUAAUCAGCGGCUGGCGGUGGAUGAGCUCUUUAAGGAAGGAGACUUGGUAGAUGUUUCCGGGACUACCAUCGGAAAAGGGUUUCAAGGUGGAAUAAAGAGACAUAACUUCAAAAGAGGUCUUAUGUCUCAUGGGUCCAAGAGCCAUAGACAACUCGGAUCCAUUGGUGCUGGGACUACUCCUGGACGUGUGUACAAAGGGAAAAAAAUGCCUGGGCGAAUGGGAGGCACCAAGACAAAGAUACGAAAGCUGAAGAUUGUCAAGAUUGACAAUGAUCUCAAUGUUGUAAUAAUCAAAGGGGCUGUUCCUGGUAAACCGGGAAAUCUUCUUAGGAUUACUCCCGCCAAAAUCGUUGGAAAAAAUAUACCAAAAAAUUAGUUUGAUUGUUUACUUCUUUCUUAGAUUAUCUCCAUGCCGUGUAAUUUAUGUUCUAAUUGAGGAGCAUUUCGAAAAUCUUGUUCUUCUGAUAGAGCUUAUUUUGCUAUGGUCGGCCUUGAUGGGAUACAACAACUUUGAGGUUACCAUGGUGAAUGUAAUUGUUGACGAAAUGAAAAGUUUCACCAUUGUUUCUCUCAUGUGAAUGAAUUUUAAGCAUAGAUCAUAUUCACUUCA